UCUCUCACACACGCUCCCAGCUUUAUAAACCCUCACCACGUUACCAUCCUUGUUUCUCUCCAAGCUUCGAUCUUUACCGUCGCUCUUCCCUCUUUUUGAUUCGUCCAUUUGGCCAUCUUUAUCGCCUUCGCCAUUGCUCUUCCUUCGCAACCCUCGGCUUUAUCACGAGCUGCGCCUGACGCCGAAGGAAAAGCAGCGGAACCGGCAGGUAAAGCUAGGGCUGAGUUGAUUCCCGUGUGUCAUGCUGCGAUUCUUCCUCUUUUUAUAGCAUUCGGGAGGAAGGACGUCGGAUUUGUCUGUCAGUGGCCACCCAACGCCUAUUGGUCGAGUUGGUUUGUUCGGAUUUUGCUUCUUCCCUGCGAGGAAGCAUCUCCAGGCGCGAGGAAGCUGAUAAGGUUUACGCGGGAUCAACUGGUGGAACUGGAAUGGGAAAAUCGAUUUUUUUUCCUCGCUUUGGCUGAUUCCUGGAUAGCAGCGGAUGUUGAGCAGAUAUAGAUUUAAUGGAAUCAAUGAAUAUAAGAUCUGGAGUAGAUGUGAUGGUUGCGGAAGGAGAAUGUUGCUCAUCGGAAGGUCAAGAUUGUCGGGAUCGUUAGCAACUAAGUGAUUCAGAUUGCAGAAGCCGCGCUGAGUUUUUCUUUUUUUUGUGGGUUUUGUUAUGUGAUGCAGCUUUUGGCCUUUCCCCCCGAAGGGAUGUGAUCUGUGUCUUGUUAUUAUGGUCUCAAUGGGAGGUAUAGGCUUGUUCAAGCAAGGGUGGAGAUGGGUUCAAUCUCAGAAGCAGUUCUUUGGAGAUGUCCGAGUUGCUGUGAACUGUACAAGAGAAAAAUUUGUUCUCCUGAUUGAUUGCCAUUGGCCAUUGUUUUACAUCUGGUGCACUACUGUCGGAAGAUUUCUUUUGAGAUUGCUAUUGCAAUGGAGUAAUUGUGUCGUUGGAGGUUUGAGGUCCUUGUUUACCUUGGGUUCGACAGCUCUUUUUGUCAUCAUAUGGAGUUGUUUCCUUUGCUCUACUUCCACGACUUCCCUCGUUUACGUGCUUCUAAGUCUGGGAUCUAUAGCUACAGCUAUUCAUCGUUUGGGCUUCACACCUGGCCUUCUUAUCGCUGGGUUUUAUGGCAUUGUACUUAUUUGGUUAUAUGGAUACUUUUGGAUAUCAGCAUUUUUACUAAUAGCUGGAGGUUAUAUGUUCUCUCUUAACCAUGCACGAUUGUUGAUUUUAAUGGCAACUGUGUAUGCUGUUCAUUUUAUCAAUGCCCAUGUUGGUUUGCACGGAGUUUUCCUGAUACUUAACUUAUCUUUUGUUUCUAAUGGUAUAUUGACCAAGUUACUUCAAGGAUACGAGAGUAUCAAUAGAGUCACACGUGUUCAAGAAGAAAAGGAACCUGAAAAGGUUUCAGAAGAUGUUUCAGCUGACCAGGAAUAUGCUCCUCCAGCUAAAGAAGCUGAAGAAGUGCCAUCUCUCAAAUCAUCUUGCACAAUUCCUAAGGCAUCAAAUCUUUCGGAUGCUCAUAAGCAUGCUUCUUCUAGCAAGUUUGCCAUGAAUGAAUCAGCUUCAUUAGUUGAAAUGAAAAGGAUAAUAAAUAGUUCCAAUCAUUAUGAAGUUAUGGGCCUACUUAAGUAUGUGAAUGCUGAUCCAAAAAUAUUAAAGAAAGAAUACCACAAAAAGGGCUUGCUUGUCCAUCCCGACAAGAAUCCAAACCAUACAUUAGCUUGUGAAUCAUUUAAAAAGCUUCAGUGUGCAUAUGAGGUUCUUUCAGAUUUCAUAAAAAGGAAACACUAUGAUGAACAAUUGAGGAAAGAAGAAUCAGGGCGAGUGCUUCAGAAUUCUGGUACCUCUCAUUCUCAGGAGGAUGGAGUUGAAUACCACACUGAAGAAUCUAGGCAUAUCGAGUGCACCAAGUGUGGAAAUUCUCACAUAUGGAUAUGCACUAGUAGAAGUAAAAGUAGGGCAAGGUGGUGUCAGGGUUGUUCCCAGUAUCAUCAGGCCAAAGAUGGUGAUGGGUGGGUAGAAAGCGGCUGCUCUUCUGCAAUCUUGACACCUAACAAGGUGGAAAUACCACGAGCUUUUGUAUGUGCAGAAAGCAAAAUCUUCGAUGUUUCUGAAUGGGCAAUUUGCCAGGGAAUGGAAUGCAAGGCGAACACUCAUGGGCCAACCUUUCAUGUGAACAUGGUUGGCUUGGAUAGGAUGGAGCUGCGAUCCAACCCGUCAAGAUAUCCGUGGGGACUGGACGCGGAGAUGAUUAUCGAGGAUGAUGAGUUCGACUUGUGGCUUCAGCAGGCAUUAGCAUCUGGAAUUUUCACUGAGAGCCCAAAGCGUCGAAAAAGCUGGCCAUUCAAAAUUAACCAGAAAGGCAUCAGAGCAUGGCGAAAAUCGCCAUAAACACUCGUUCACUGACAAGACACUAUACUACAUGCCCGGAAAUAGAAGCAAAAACUGAUGCUAUUCAACAGCUUACUGGCAUCUGAACUUGGAGCAGAAAUCCAUGGUUGAUCGAUCCACACCUUUUGUUGAAUUCGCAAAUAGUUUGUGUCGCUCGCGAUCAUAUGCUAUGUAGAAUAUCAUCAUGGUGGGAUGCUAUGCAAGAUUUAUAAGAACAGAUAUUGCUAAUCUGUAAAUAGUUCUUAGGUUUGCAUUUUUGAAUCUGUAAGCUACUGAUCAUCUCUAACAGUUAAGCACUCGAUCGAAAGCUACACCAACUUUGUAAAAAAAAAAAACUAGUAAAAUUGAUGUCAGUUUAGUUGUU